AUGCCGGAGAGCGAGGAGGAGCGCCGGCUGCGCAAGGAGAAGAGGCGGAGCGCGGCCCGCAAGGCUGACGAGGCAGAGAAGAAGGGUGGAGCGACUUCCGCAGAGGCAUCUUCGCCAUCGAGGACACCCUCCCAGACGACGACAGCUGCGAGCGCCACCACCACCAGUGCCGCCCCCACCGCCCCUUCCGGCGAUGCGCAGGUCGAACAAAAGGAAACGGAAGAGGAGCGACGCAUCAGGAAGGAGAAGAGGCGAACGCAGCAUGAGGCCCAGAGGCAGCAAGAGGCAGCCGCAGCCGCUGCUACUGCACCUCCUAUCGCCGAUGCGAUCACUCCCAAAGCUAAGCAGACGAAGGAAGAGCGCCGCGCAGCCAAGAAGAAGGAUCUCCGUAGCAGUGAUCAUGCGGACGGCGCGGACGCAGCACUGCUAAACGCGAUAGAGGCGGAGAACAACGCUGUAGUGGCACAGAGCAUCCGGAACAGUCACAACUUCGCUGCAGCGGAGCUGAAGAGAGUGACGGCGGAAAAGGAGCGGAUACGGCUCGAGUCGGCUGAGGAGCGGGCAGAACGGAAGCGUGCGGAGCGUGAAGAGCGUCGUCUCCUCCGUCGCGCCGCCGCCGCCGCUGGUGAAGGAGAGGGGAAGGGCGACGGCGAAGAAGGCGGCGCUUCGGCGGCUGACGCCGCUGGCAGGGCGACGCUGAGUCCGGUAACCACGUUUGAUCCGAGUGAGCUACAGCGGCAGGCGUAUCGUGCGCAGUUCCAGAAGGACCUGGCGCGAGCCACGGCGCUGCGCCGCAUGGUGGACUUUGAUAGCAGCGGCGGUGUCGUGCUGGACCUCGCACCACAGAGCGCCUACGAUCUGUACAUACGCGACUUUGGCCAGAGUGGGCGCGAACAGGUCGGUGUGCAGGCGCCGCCAGAGGAGGAACGGCUGGACGCUGGCACCCAGGCUGAGCGGGGCAAGCUGCGGGCUCGCGGGGCACAGGCGCCGGAUGAUCUCGGCCUCUGCCCGGAAGAAGAGGCGGAGAGGCAGUUCUUCCUACUGCGGCGCAGGGCGCUGCUGCGCAGUGGCAAGGACGGUGGCGCUGCCGUGGGCACUGGCGCCGAGGCCGCAGGCGAAGGUGUCGACGACGUGGAUGACGAGGGGGAUGGGGAGGUGGCUGCUAAGUUGGCUGCAAAUGGAGUUGGUAAGGAAGAAACCCGUUCGGUGGAUGCGGCACUACUGGAGCGCUUUCUGACGAACACGCUUUCGGUGAUGAUCGCCGCUCUGGAUGAGAACAACUCUUUGGCGUCGGGAGCGGCAACCGCCGCGAACGCCGCGUCGGUGGAGAGCUCGAAGCCGAAGGCGUCGACAGCGUUCUCAUCUUCGUGCACAACCUUCUGCUGGCGCGGCACGCGCAACCGCUCCGUUUUGCAGGUGUUGGUGAACCCCUCCAACCCCCGCCAGCUCAUUGCCCUGCACGGGGCCGUCGAUGAGACGGGGCCGUCUCCGACGCUCGACACGUUUCUCUCCGUGCUGCUGCUGUGGAGCGUGCACGACGUUACGACGCCGGAGCGGGUGCUCGUCUCCUGCUCGGCUGUCACGUGCAUGUGCGUCAGCCCCUCUCGCCCCCACCUCGUCUACGGUGGCACUGCGGAUGGCAAUGCGUGCAUCUGGAACCUUCGCGAGCCGGAACGCCUGCACCUCUCCGCCGGCUGCUACGAGCGAGCGGUCUUCCACUUGUCUUCCUACAACACGGGCUGGCAGGUGGGCGGCCACACUGCGCCGGUGCGGCAGGUCCGCGUUGCGGGGUACAACACCACUUCCGUCGCCACUCGCAAGGAGGAGCAGUACGAGCAACUCGUCUCAAUGGACGACACCGGCGUCAUGUGCUACUGGGCACUGACAGAGAAGCGCGAUCCAUUCGAGGUGAACCGCGGCAGCCCUGGCGCCGCCGCCGCGACCGGACUCGGUCUCCUUGACAGUGACUAUGGUCUACACCCCGGCAGCUGUGUGAGCCUGCGUCUCGUCAAGGACUCAGCGGCGGCAGUCGCAGCCGCUAGCUCUGUGGUGCAGCAGCAAGACGAGGACGGCGACGCUGCGGUGACCUACAGUGCCGGCGUCACCGGUGGCUUCGACUUCGCGCCGUCUGACAGCACCCAGUACGUUAUGACCUCCCCUCAGGGCGUCGUUCGGUGCAGUCGCAUUGGCGGGAUCGCGUCGCCGUCUCUGUACGGCCCCUCCUGCGGCAACAGCCACCUGCCCUACGCCGCGGGGCCGGGAGACGAAUCACAUCACAUGACGACGGUUGCCGUCCCAUGCUGUGUGCAGUAUAGCAUCCUGGACACGCGGUGGUUUGUGGUAGGCUACGAGGACGGCACCGUGCGGCUUUACCUUCAGCACGAGGCAACGCCGCAGGUGACGGUGGAGGUGGGCAACCAGCCUAUUGUGGCAGUCCGGUGCAGCGGCGCUAUACCGUGGGUGGUGUGGGCGCUGGACGAGAGCGGCGAGUUGCAUCUGAUCGACUUCGCCUACCACCGCCGGCAGGCACCGCGUCUCUCGCACGCGCUGACGCAGCCGGACACUGGCGUGUGCACCUGCAUUGACGUGUUAUCCAAAAACGAAAAGGCAGAUCAGCACUUCCUCGUCGCGGGGUUCGAGAAGGGCAUGAUGCAGAUGCACGUCGUCGAUGCGGAGAAGCUGCGCGUGGUCCACUCGGAGCGCGACGAGCGUUGGAUCUGA